GGUUUAAAGUCGUGGAGCCGUUACCAUAGAAACUCCACCCGAUCCUGCCAUAAAUCAGUAUUUGUCGCGUGUUAAUAACUGUUACUGGGUAGUUUUUUAUUCUACAAUCACACGUGUUUACUUUAGUUUGGAGGCCGUCGUGUGAAUCCCGCUCGGAGUGAGACGUCUGCUCUCUGCUGAAAAACACACGUAGCCGCUCUCAUGUCUGCGCGGCGCUCUCUGCUCGUUUUCGGCAGAACCUCUCCAGCUGUCUGACGGUCCGCUCUCGGCUCGGCUCGGCUCGGCUCGGCGUGUGUCUCUAUCCGGACCGCAGGGAUGCUCCGGUCCUGGUUCAAAGCGGCGGCGGUCUGCCUCUGGCUCUUCCCCGGGUGUGUGGCGGCCGCCGCCCGGCUGUACACGGAGGAGGACCCGCUGGUGAUCCUGAGCAGCGGCAGCCUGAAGUCCUCCGUGACGAACUCGUCCUCGGCCUGGCUGGUCCAGUUCUUCUCCUCCUGGUGUGGACACUGCAUCCAGUACUCCAGCACGUGGAAGGCCCUGGCCCAGGACGUCAAAGACUGGCAGCAGACCAUCAGCGUGGCCGUGCUGGACUGCGCUCAGGAGGAGAACUUCGACGUCUGUAAAGAGUUCAGCAUCAAGUUCUACCCAACCUUCAAAUAUUUUCGGGCUCACAGUCCAGAGACAGACAGAGGGACGACCUACAGAGGUGAGACACUCUCACGCCUCCUGUCUUCACCUCCUGUCUCACGCCUCCUGUCUUCACCUCCUGUCUCACGCCUCCUGUCUGAAUACCUGUCUUCCUGUUCUCUGAGUGACGACCCCCUCUUCCCUAAAGCUCCGUGGCCGAGCCCCUCCCUCUGCUCCUCCUGCCAUGAGGAGAAAAAUGGCGUCCACGUCUGGAACCACGACAACGUCCUCCUCUUCCUCCGACAUCACUACGGCGCCUCCAAUCUGUCUCCCAAAUACUCGCUGACUCCCCCGCGACUCCCCGAAUCUCCUCCUGAUCCUGAUCCAGUACAGACCGGCCCGCCUCAGGAGGAGCACCGAGGAGGAGAGAAAGAGAAGAAGGAGCCGGAGAGGAAAGCCGAGGAGAAGCCGGAGCCUCGACCGGGACCCCACGCUCUGAGGGGGGAGGAGAGGGGGGAGGUUCUGGGUGUGGGGGGAGGAGGUGGAGCAGCAGCAGCAGGAGGAGGUGUCUGGAUUCUGGGUCUGGGUUUUAACAGCGUGGACAUGAGUCUGUGUGUGGUCCUCUACGUCUCCUCCUGCCUCUUCCUCAUGCUCCUCUUCUUCUUCUUCAAAGUCCGAUCCAGAAGGUGGAAACUCCGCCACUCCCGCCUCCAUGUGUGACCCAGACCAGGACCAGACCGCUUUAUCCAGGACCAGCUCGAGUUCCAGUCAGGUCCAGGUCUGGUAGGGGCGUAUGAAGCGGAUCUUUGUGGUGGUUCAGCCUUUUCAGCCGGCUGCUGCUGGUUUCUAAACUACAUUAAUGGCGUCCCGUGUUCAGCUGCGUGAGGUCACAGGAGGCCCUGCAGACGCCGUCCAGUCCGCCAGACUAGAUUUAGAACUGGGCCGACCGUCUGCCCGAUCAGCUGUCGUUUAGUUUGAGGCCAGCUGGUUGGUUGGAUUUCUAACCUGUGAAAAAGAGAACUUGGCUGCAGGAGGAUCUUCGAGCACAAACUGCCUUCCUGUCGGCGAGAACCGUCGUCAUCUUUCAAUAAAUGUUAUCAGAAGUGUCGGCGUGUCCAGAGUAAAUAUUAAAGGUGCUCCCCGUACCAAGCCCUGAACCGGAUCACUCUGGACUGGAUUUGUGGAUUUUAGUGGCUCAGAUGUGGAACCUGGUCUGCAUUUGUUUUAUUUAAACCGGACGCUAAAGGUCUGGAUUUAUUUAUUUUUACAUUUGAAACUCAAACUGUGUCCCGUGAGCAGGUCUGUGUUCAGACCUGGACUGAACCGGAUGGUCUGGAUUUAAAAGUCCCUGAACUCCACAGGAGGGACGUGGACAUGAUGGACCAGCAGGACGCUGAGCCUGACAUGGACCAGACCUGUACCGGUUCUGCUGUGUUCACUUUGUGCCAAAUGUUUAACCUGCUGACGGUAGACUCACCUGUCCUCUCAGGCCCCGCCUCCUCCUCUGUGUGCAGGUGUGUUUGUUCUUCUUUAAUUAAACUGUGAGACACGGAGCCGUCCUGAUGGAUCUGGACAGAUACUGAAUUUAAAAAACCUGGUAAUGAAACAUCAGCUGAUACCUGAUCAAGAAGGGUCCUUUAAAAACCCAGAUAUGUGCAGGGUGGGACGUUUAAAGGCCCCGUUCUGUUAACGAUAUUUUAAAUGUUCAGAUUAAACGAGCGUCAGUGGAAACUGCAAACAGCUCAGUUUUAAUAAAUUUGAGUAAAAGGAAACUCCCUCGUGUGUGAAAAUGUUUUUAUUUUUUUUAUUAAAUGUGAACAUUAAUAAGAAGUGUUGUGAGUUGUGGGCGAGCCGCUGUUACCAGUGUUAGGUUGAAUAAAAUUUGAUCAUUAAAUUAC